UGGCGUUGUUUGGUUUCAAGCCCGUAAGUGAUCUCGCUCUAUGAUCUCCCUGACAUUUCCUUAUGCGCAGAUUAAUUUUAGCGAAAGUGAAAGAGCAACAGACGGCAGGCCAAGCAGCGGCAGGAGGUCUCUCUCUGAUCAUGGUAUUUACGGGUUUCUACGGGGAACAUGCAGUAAACCAUCUCAGAGCUGGCAGAUGGAUCCAGAUCGAUUCUUCACUCUCUGUGUCUUGAUAGCCUGUGUUCUCGGAAAGACGCGUCUCAGCGGUGCAGGAAAUUGUUUUUGUCCAAAAAUUCCUGAAAAGGCCUUUACUUUACCUGGAAAUGGCUGCUUCGGGAAAGACAGCAGAUAUCGCUACACCUGCAUUGAAGGUUAUGUGAGAAAGGCUGGAACGUCCAAUCUCAUCAAGUGCCAGGAGGAAAAGGGUCGCUUUAACUGGACUGUAUCUAAACUCGUGUGUAUACGAGACCCAAAGCUUCCACCAAUGGACUCAGGUUCUACAACUCAGGCAACAGCCCUACUAGAAACGUCUACAAGCCAUCAGUCUACAAGAAACUCCACUUCUAAGGCUAACAUGCACCAAAGCACAUCAGGAACUGGAAGUACGACAACAGGGCAGCCCUGUACAAAUUCAAGCUCUACACACUCACCAAUGGAAAGGAAUAAUAAAACCAUCUCAACCAUAACUGCAGCCCAGAACACCAUUGGUAUCACUGUAUCCAUGGUGGUCCUACUUGCUGCUGUUAGUGGUGUUGUCUUCUUAAUAUAUCGAAGGUAA